UUCAUAACCAAGAGAUUAUGAUUUGUAAUCUUUUUAUUUAUCUAUGACGUGUAAUUUCCUAUAUAAAAAACUUCUAUGUUAUAAAUAAAAAUAGAUUUUUUCAUUAGUUUCAUAACAAAAACCCAAAUUUGGUUUUUAUUUUCUCACCUUUAUACACUUGUCCACUUCCAAGUGCCCCCACUCUUUGCCUCUUUCCCCAUCACGAUGCUACCGACCAGCCUUUCAUUUUUUUCUGUAACAUCCUUUUUAUUUCAUUUUCUCUAUAAAGCUUCCUGGAAAGAAAAUAAAAAAGAAACUCUGACCUCUAUAAAUUGAGAGAAACCCAUCUCUUCUCUCUUCUCGAUCUCUGAAAGCUUUCACCUUUUAGCUCUUUUCUUCGCUCACACGCCUUAAAAGUUCACACCUUUCUCCUCUGUUUUCUCUUCUCCCCUUAAAAUGAAAGAGUAUUGGACAUCACUAGCAUCACUCCUCGGCGUCUUAGCUUUCUGCCAAAGCCUAAUGCAAUCAAUCUUCCCGCCGGAGCUCCGUUUCGCCUUCCUCAAAUUCUUCAACCGAAUCUUCCACCUCUUCUCCUCCUACUGCUACUUCGACAUAACAGAGAUCGACGGCGUCAACACCAACGAGCUUUACAACGCCGUCCAGCUCUACCUCAGCUCCUACGUCUCCAUCGCCGGCAACCGUCUAAGCCUCACCCGCGCCGUCAACUCCUCCUCCAUCACGUUCGGCCUCUCCAACAACGACUCCAUCGUCGACACCUUCAACAACGUCACCGUCCUCUGGGAACACGUCGUCACGCAGAGACAAACUCAGACGUUCGCUUGGAGACCGUUGCCCGAGGAGAAGCGCGGCUUCACUCUCCGCAUCAAGAAGAGAGACAAAGCCUUGAUCCUGAGCUCUUACCUCGACUACAUCAUGGAGAGAGCCAACGAGAUCCGUCGGAAGAACCAGGACCGGUUGCUUUACACGAACUCGCGAGGCGGGUCGCUGGACUCGAGGGGGCAUCCGUGGGAGUCUGUCCCUUUCAAGCACCCGAGCACGUUCGAGACUCUCGCGAUGGAUCCGGUCAAGAAGCAGCAGAUCAUGGAUGAUCUCAAGGACUUUGCGGAAGGGCAAAUGUUUUAUCAGAAAACGGGCCGGGCUUGGAAGAGAGGUUAUUUGCUAUAUGGCCCUCCGGGUACUGGUAAGUCGAGUAUGAUCGCAGCGAUGGCGAAUCAUCUCGGUUACGACAUUUACGAUCUUGAGCUCACUGAGGUUCAUAGCAACUCCGAGUUGAGGAAACUGUUGAUGAAGACGAGUUCUAAGUCGAUAAUUGUGAUCGAAGACAUAGACUGUUCGAUUAAUUUAACAAACAGGAAGAAGAACAGCAAUGCGACCACGCAGCGGAGCUAUUACGACAUGGAGACACGACCAGGGACUGGUUCGGGGGAAGAGUCUGGUAACGGCGGGAACACGAUAACGUUGUCGGGUUUGUUGAACUUUACUGAUGGGCUUUGGUCUUGUUGUGGAAGCGAGAGGAUCUUUGUGUUUACGACGAAUCAUAUCGACAAGCUUGAUCCUGCAUUGCUUAGGAGUGGGAGGAUGGAUAUGCAUAUACACAUGAGUUACUGUGAUUUCCCUUCGUUGAAGAUUUUGUUGAAGAAUUAUUUGGGGUAUGAGGAGGAAGAUGUGGACGACGACGUCUUGAAGGAGAUGGAGAGAGUUGUGGAGAAGGCGGAGAUGACGCCUGCUGACGUGAGCGAGGCUUUGAUCAAGAACAGGAGGGAUAAGGAUAGGGCGGUUAGGGAGCUGUUGGAGGAUUUGAAGAGUAGAGGGGAUGGGAAUGUGAAAGAUGGGAAGUUGAGGGGUCAGAGUGGAAAUUUGACUGAGUUAGAAAUUUUGGAGGAGGAAGAGAAGAGGGCUAUAGAUAGUCAAAAUGAAGAAGAGGAUAGUGAUGAAGAAGAAAUUGAGGUUGAGGAUAAUAUUUGUAAAGACUAGAGAAGAUCAACAAUGUUUUUGUUUUUGUUUUUGAAGUCUAUAAUGUAAAACAAAAAUGGUGAAAAGUUGUGAUCUUUCCUCUUUUUCUUUAUUUUGUUUUGUUGUUGACUUUUGUUGUUGAAGAAGUAGAUGAAAAUGUGAAGAAGACAGAACAAUAACAAAUUAGGAUUGUAAAAAUUUAACUAAAAGAAAGUGAGGAAAGUUGUAGAAAGUUGAUCAAAAAGGUAAGCGGCUGAUGAGGAUUUUGUAUGUGGGGAAUGGGAAAUGCAAAAGGUGGAUAAUAAUGGACCAAAUAUUUGUCAAAGUAUAACCAUGUGUGGUGACCACACUGUGGUCAAUAAUUGGAUCCUAAUUAAAGUAAACAUUUUCCUGCAUAUACAGUCACAGUCAUACGAUUCUACCCAUUGUUCGUUUUAUACCCAUUACUAUAUGUCUAUAUAUCAUGUACUAUCACGGUUAUUGGAUCCUAAUUAAAGUAAACAUUUUCCUGC